CGGCGCUUUAGCUUUCACAGCAGACGAGUGAACAUUUAUAUAAAACCCGGCAAACAUGGCAUCCAAGGCAGAAAAAUCCACACCUGCAACUGGUAGCCCAGCUGACCUAAAAGAAAAAAAGAAGGAAAGAAUCCUUGAUUUGUCUCGUUACAUGGACAAGUUGAUAAGAGUCAAGUUUACUGGUGGUAGAGAAGCUGCUGGUAUCCUUAAAGGCUAUGAUCCCCUCCUCAACAUUGUCUUAGAUAACACUGUUGAAUACCUUAGAGAUUCUGAGGAUUCGUUCAAGUUGUCAGAAGAUACAAGGCAAUUAGGUUUAGUAGUUUGCCGUGGAACAGCAGUCGUCCUGAUAUGUCCUGCUGACGGUAUGGAAGCCAUCCCUAAUCCGUUCAUUCAACCAGAGUAAUUACAACUACCUGCAACAUUUGAACUGAAAAUAAUUUGUGUUUUCUGACUUUACAAUAAAAUUUAAAAAAAGGGCUAGAGGA